UCUAUGAAUAGAGUCAGCUCUUCUUAAAACAUGACUAAAAUUCUCUCUCUCCUCCUUAAAUUGCUAAUUGUCUUGAUAUUUGCUGGAUGGGUAUCUCUUUGGCUUCUCAAGCCCACGCAAUUAUGGACUAAAAGUUGGAAGAUUGCAGAAAACAAAGCAUCAACCUCACUCUUAACUCAAGCUGGUCUUAAUUUUGCUGUCUACACCUUCCCUGUUAUUGCUAUAGCUAUAGUUGGUUUUGUUUACUUGGAACUGAAACAGAAGGAACCAACCAGCAGGAAAGGACAAUCUCCACUAUCUGUUCUCGCCAAUCCACUAGUUGUGAAUAAGUACAUAGGCAUUCUGUCUGGUUUCGAAAUCCUUGCUGUAUCUCUAUUCAUCAUCUUUCUAGCAUGGACAUUCUUUGUUCGUAUCUCCAGUGACUUCAAGAAGAUGGUACCAAUGAAAUCAUUCACUCUGUCUGUAUCGCAAUACAAAUUAUUUAGAGUGGCAACCAGGUGUGGUUUAUUAGCGGAAGCCUGCUUAGCACUUCUUCUUCUUCCCAUAUUGAGGGGAAUGUCGAUAUUUCGACUACUUGGCAUCCAAUUUGAAGCUUCCGUGAGAUAUCACGUUUGGCUUGGUACAGCAAUGAUAUUAUUUGCCACAUUACAUGGUGGAGGUACUUAUCUAAUCUGGGGUAUAAAACAUCACAUUGGCAAUGAGAUGUGGAAAUGGCAAAACACAGGGCGUAUUUACCUUGCAGGGGAGAUCACUCUUAUUAUAGGAUUGGUCAUCUGGAUCACAUCACUUCCGCAGAUCAGAAGGAAACGAUUCGAGAUCUUCUAUUACACACAUCACUUGUAUAUAGUUUUCUUACUAUUCUUCCUGUUUCAUGCUGGAGAUCGCCACUUCUACAUGGUUUUCCCUGGCGUUUUCUUGUUUUGCCUUGACAAGAUUCUCCGAACGAUUCAGUCAAGGCCAGAAACGUAUAUUUUUUCUGCUCGAAUCUUUCCUUCCAAAGCCAUAGAGUUGACUCUGCCGAAAGAUCCAAGUUUGAAGUAUACACCAACAAGCGUGAUUUUUAUCAAGAUUCCAAGGAUUUCAAAUUUUCAAUGGCAUCCUUUUAGUAUAACUUCUAGCUCCAAAGUUGAUAAACACACUAUCUCUAUUUUGAUCAAAGCUGAGGGAUGGUGGACAAGCACUCUCUGUAAUAUGCUACAUUCAAAGCCUGAUUCAGAAACUGGUGAACUGAGGCUCAUUCAAGUAGCAACAGAAGGCCCUUAUGGACCCUUGUCAAUGGACUUUCUGAGAUAUGACAGUCUACUUCUAGUUGCGGGUGGAAUUGGGGUAACACCAUUUUUGAGCAUUCUUCAAGAAAUUGCCUCUACAAGAAGUAACAAAAAUGUAUUACCUUUAAAAAUACAGCUUGUCUACACUAUAAAAGAUUCGCAAGGCAUCUGCUUGUUAGAUCCAGUUCUACCGCAUGUUUUCGAUGCAGAACAAUGUUAUCUACAACUGAAAGUGUUUGUGACGCGUGAGCACCAAUCCAAUAGAUCCCUGCAUGAAGUGCUAAACGAGGUCUCUAAUAUACAGAACAUUCAUUUUGCCAACAAGCGUCCUGGUUAUGCAGUAUAUGGACUUGCGAACUUACCAUGGAUGUCCGUCCUCCUUUUGUUGGCGUCUGUUGUUUUUCUCGCAUUUCUUAUCAUCUUCAACCAUGUUGUUAUCAAGCCUGAUAAAAAGUCAUCUGAACAAAAAACUGCUACUUCAAUAGUGGACAUUCUUCUCGUAUGCUCGUUUGCAUUAGCGUUAAUAUCCAGCACCUUAGUGGCUACCAUAUGGAGAUGGAAGAGGCUAAGAGAAGAAAUUCCACCAUUUUCUGAAAAAGAAAGGAAAGCAAUGAAACCAACAGAAGCAGACAGAGGUUUUGAUCAACACGAAAUUCAUUAUGGAGCAAGACCAAACUUUAAAGAUACCUUUUCCCAGUUUGCUAAUGAAUCCAAGGGAUCCAAUGUUGGAGUCUUCGUUUGCGGACCUGAAACAAUGAAAGAAUCGGUCGCUACAACUUGCCAGCUACUUUCUAACUCUUUUCAAAGUGGAGGACGAGAUCAUAAACCAUUUUUCAGCUUUCACUCCUUAAAUUUCACCCUCUAGUACUCAUUGAGAACAUUGGUCGAGCACUUGUCUACAGAUGAACUAAAUGAAAAUCUGGCCAUUAUAUACA